UUUGACAAAAGAUUUUUAUCAACAAUAUUCUUUAUAACAAAGAUUCUCAAUAAGAAAAAAAUAUAUAUUGAGGCAAACCUUUCAUUUUCUUAUCAAACGACCUCCAGGAGGGAGGGAAUCUUUCAAGGUAAAUAGAUAUGAGAAAGGUAGGGUUUGGGUUGUUGAUUUGUCGAACGUAGGGUUUGGGUUGUUGAAGAUGAUGGUGAAAAGGUAGGGUUUUGUGAAGGGGGGUAAAGCAAACAACAUAACGGAAUAAAACUUAAGAAGUAAAGAUCUUUGGAUGGGAGAUUUUCUAGAGAGAGAUGAUGACAAGUAGAGAGAGAGGGGUACUACUCGUAUAUACAUAUCAGUGAGAGAGGAAGGCUGCAUUUAACAGAUCAGUAUAUAGCAAUAUCCAGGAAAGGGGCUGUGUGCUGCUGACAACAAAACAAUUGCUUUCCUCAGGCAAAGGCACUCAGGACAAAAAUCUCUUGACAAAUGGAAAACGAUAUUAAUACCCCAAGUGCUUCAAAUAAGGACAUUGGCAUGGCAACACGUUCAAAUAAUGAAAAAAGGAUUGAUAAGGCAAGUGCUUCAAACACGGGAAAGGAGAUUGAAGCGGCAAGUUCUUCAAAUGUUCUGAAAGAUCUAGCAGAUGGGAUAGCAAGGUUCAAGCCUGGAAAAUGUCCCGAGCACUGUAUCUACGAGGUACCCCGCUCACUUCGAAGCAUAGAACCGAAGGCCUGCACCCCACAAGUAGUUUCACUAGGCCCUGCUCACUGUGGCCAUGAGGAACUAGUGUCAAUGGAGAAGCAAAAAUUGAGAUAUUUAGCAGAAUUCAUGGAUGGGAAGAAAGUGACAUUGGAUGAUCUUGUGACCAUAGUUCAAAAGAAUGAAAUGGAAAUUCGAGGCUGUUAUAACAUCAAUCGUAGCAGUGAUGAUUUUGUAAAGAUGAUUCUGUUGGAUGCUGUAUUCGUCAUCGAAUUCUUGUUGCAGUUCUUUAACCUUUUCUGUGAAGAAGUUCCUAUAUUACCUGAGCCUCGGAUGAUGUUUGGUUUACAAGUGGACUUGAUACUGUUGAAAAUCAGCUACCUUAUUUCAUUCUGGAGAAAAUAUACGAGAAAACCUAUUCAGACCCUGAAAUACAAGCUAGCCUUACUUUUCCUGAGCUUGUAGCCUUCUACUUUGGACAUUACUACA